AUGAUCCCUUCCGCGCCCCAGGUAGCAAUGGACCUCGCCAAGGACUGUAGCCUCAAGCGACCAUUCGAAGAUACCCAACCGCAAUCCGCUUAUCCAGUAUUUCCAGGUGAUCCCAGGUGCAUGGACCUAUCUCAACCCUGGACCCAAGUAUCUUGGUCGCUCGCCUACUCCCUGCUACAAACCGAUGCCUCCUCCAAUCCAGUCAACAAGAAGGCACGCCGGCCCUCUCUAGUGGACUUUCCAAACGAGAUUAUCCUCAACAUCCAGUCCUACCUCCAUCAUCCGCUGGACCUCCUGCGCUUCUCCCAGACUUGCCGUCUGUUCCGAGCAUCUACGAACGAGAGAGCCUGGUGUAGACUGUACACUAUCCUGGUUCCCCACUGGUCUGCCGGUACCGAGGUCUCUCAUCUUCAGAGGGACACGGACAGCUGGAAGCAAGUAGUCAUUGACGAUUUCCUAAGAAGAGAUCGUUGGUCUGUGCCUGCGGCACCAUCCGUAGAAGGCGACCUUACAGAUAUGGCCGUUCCACCACGUCUGCGGAUCAACCUCGAUCAUGCAAUACGUAUAAAACCUCCGCACAUGUACCUAUGUACCCCAGGCCCAUCUUCCAAGUCUUCGAGAUGGAGGAACGUGGGCUCUCCGGUUUCCAAUAUUGAUCUGGGCACGCAAGCAUCGAUCUCUGCCUACAUGCAGGCGUGCACAUUCAGUGACCACACUGAUCAUCGGAUUUCGAUCUACGGUCUUCCGGACCAUGAGAGGCCCUUAGCAAUCAUCCCUAGCUACUUUUGGGCCCAUCAUGAUGUCGAUCGCCAAUUGUAUCCGGUUUUCGACGAUGGGAGUUUAGGCGUAGCACAGUUAACUGACAUCAAACAGUUUCCAGCACAACGAGCCGAUCGUCAAUUGUAUCCGGCUUUCGACGAAGGCAGUUUGGGUGUAGCUCAGCUAAUUGACAUCAAACAGUUUCCAGCGCAACGAGAUGAGCAAGGCAGAAUGCGCGUCGUGAUUGUGAUUGCUUUUGGAGAACAAAGUCGUACUCCUUUCAAUGCCUUGGAUGGCGAAGUCCAGUACCUUGACGUUUGGUUGCUGAUAAAGGCGAUUGAAAUCUAUAUUUGCGACACACCUGUCGUAUCCACAAGUGACAACUCGAUACAGCCACGUCUUGUGCCCUAUCGCCCUGAUCCAUUCCAAGGAAGGGUCGAAACAAUUGUCCCAAGCACCCGCGAAGAGCAUGUCCGAGGUCGAGCUGUCAAACUGUAUCUGGCUGAAGGUUCCCUAAAGAUAGCAUUGUUCGGUAUCCAUCAGGGCACAAGAACACAGGCCGUUGUUAUGACCAGUUCGCUAUUUGGUCCAUCCCAGCCAGUGCACACACAAAGCAUGUGCCUUGACUCAAUUCCAAGUUCCCCAUCCUGGCAAUGUCGCGCGCUGGGCGGCAUCACAGAAACAUCCUGCAUGGCUCUCUUCCCUCCCCAAAGCGACUUUGAUCAUCUAAUCGUCCUUUUGGAUCGAAAUGGCCGAGGCGAAAUCUGGAAUUGGAAAACCGUUGCUCUAGUCGCAAUAUUAACAGAAAAAAGCGAAUCAGGACAGGACCUUGAGCGCAAGCGACAUGAAUACAGGAAGGAUUUGUAUUAUUGGGGCGUGCAAAUCAACUGGAGCGUGGAAGAGCCUGUAAUUAGCAGCCGAGACUCGGUUUCAGCGUUCGGGACAGGGGCUGCCCACAGAAAGCAGGGCGACUUUAGUGUUGUCGCGCUCGCCGAUGGAGAAGGCAAGGAGUGGGAAACUUGUUGGUGGAACGUGAGCGAUAAGAUGCUCAGAAUGAGCAAGGAAGCAAUGCCGCCCCAGCCCACAGAGAUCGGAUGGUCCAGCCGCUACUUUCAAGAGCUUACAUUGGGCAGAACUAGCCCACCAUCGGCUUCUCAGGAAACACGACGGCACGCCGACAAACCUCUCUCAUUCAUCGCCUACCUGACCUGGAACCAUUAUCGCAUCACACUCACCUCCCAACAUGGCCUCUGUAUUUUCGACAUGGACCGAGAGGUCCAAGACGAGACGAUGAGCGGUGGUUCGGAAAUUUCCGAUACUGGGACCACCAUGGAACUUGAGGAACGACAGCAAAAACAGAUCCCACAAUGGGUGACGAUGAUCGACGAUGCUGAGGAUGAUCCUUUGGUCGACAUUGCAACCAUGGGCGACUGUCUUAUGCUGACACGUAAAUAUAGCCAUAUGAUCUUCCCUUUCCGCAGCUCCCACGCAAGACAGCCGUGA